GUCACCCUUUCUUCCAUACCACAAUCCACCAUCCUUAGUCUAUUUUUGUUUGUGUGUAAGAGAUAGAGAAAUAGAGAGUGAAAAAAAAAAAAACUCAACAACAUAAAUUUUAGAGUGAACAAAAUGGCAAGUUGGUACAUAAUGUUCAUGUUUGCACUAGUACUAGUGCAUGUCACAGCAAGAAAUAUUCCUGAGGUGCAAACUCAUGAUGAGGGUAAAAAUGUGAACACUGAGAUUGUAAGUAGUACUAGUACUGCACCAACACCAAGCAAUGUUGGACUUAAUGACAAGAAAAAUUUCAUCACAUUUGGUGGCAUAGGUGGUUGUACUGGAAUUGGUGGCUAUGGUGGUGUUUUGCCAACUCUUGGUGGUGUCGGUGGUGGCGCUGGUGGUGCUGGUGGCGGUCUUGGUGGUGCCGGAUUUAAAGGGAUCGGCGGCAUUGGCGGUGUUGGUGGUGGAAUUGGUGGUUAUAAAGGUGUGGGAGUUAUUAUUCCUUGAAGUGUUACUAGUGUUAGUUAAUAUUUAUUUUGCUAUUGCAUGCAUGUCCUAGUUCUUGUAUGUUGUUUCAAGUGUCUAGUUUUUAUAUUUGAUGUUUUUAAAGUGUUAGUAGUAUUAUUCCUAGACAACUAUGUUAUCUAGUAUUGUUCCAACCUAAGUCAUUGUAAUAAUAAGGACAUAGUGAUAUAGUUUGUUUAGGUUGUAUUGUUUAUGUUUAGUUCAUGCUCCCAAGUCAUUGGGAUUGUUAUUAGUUUAA